UUUUAUUGCAAUUCAUUCCAGUCAGUCUUUAGUUUCAGGCCUUAUUCAACAGUUUCAUCCACCUAUCCAUUUUCUCUCACAAGUUAGAAGAAGAUGGCAACUUCAGAAGUUGCAAAUGGCAACCACUUAAGUGGGACAAAGGGAAAGACCAUUACUUGUAAAGCUGCUGUGGCACAUGGUCCAGGAGAACCCUUUGUAGUGGAACAAAUUCUUGUACAACCUCCUCAGAAAAUGGAGGUUAGAAUCAAGAUCCUAUAUACUUCCAUUUGUCACACUGAUCUCAGUGGUUGGAAAGGAGAGUGUGAGCCUCAACGUGCUUAUCCUCGGAUUUUUGGCCAUGAAGCUUCCGGGAUUGUGGAAAGUGUAGGGGAAGGAGUGAAUGACAUGAAAGAAAAUGACAAAGUGGUGCUAAUAUUCAAUGGUGAGUGUGGUGAGUGUAAGUGCUGCAUGUGCAAGAAAACCAACAUGUGUGAGAAAUCUGGAGUAGACCCAAUGAAGAAGUUAAUGUGUGAUGGAACAAGUAGAUUUUCUUCAAUAGAUGGCAAACCCAUUUUUCAUUUCUUGAAUACUUCAACUUUCACUGAGUAUACAGUGGUGGAUUCAGCUUGUGCUGUUAAGCUCAACACUGAAGAUAACCUUAGUCUCAAAAAACUCACCUUGCUUAGUUGUGGAGUUUCCACAGGAAUAGGAGCUGCUUGGAAUAAUGCUAAUGUGCAUGCUGGUUCAUCUGUAGCAAUCUUUGGUUUAGGUGCAGUUGGCCUCGCUGUUGCAGAAGGGGCACGAGCAAGAGGUGCAUCAAAAAUAAUAGGUGUGGAUAUUAACCCAGACAAAUUCAAUAACACAGCCGAAACAAUGGGAAUCACAGAAUUCAUAAAUCCAAAGGAUGAAGAAAAGCCAGUAUACGAGAUAAUCAGAGAAAUGACUGAUGGAGGUGUAGACUAUAGUUUUGAAUGUACCGGAAAUUUGAACGUUCUAAGAGAUAGCUUCUUAUCUGUUCAUGAGGGUUGGGGAUUGACUGUACUAUUGGGAAUUCAUGGAUCACCAAAGUUGCUUCCCAUCCACCCAAUGGAGCUCUUUGAUGGUCGCAGAAUCGAAGGUUCAGUGUUCGGAGGUUUCAAAGGCAAAAGUCAAUUGCCUAAUCUUGCCACAGAAUGCAUGAAAGGGGCGAUAAAGUUGGAUAAUUUCAUCACUCACGAGCUUCCCUUUGAUGAGAUAAACCAAGCCUUCAAUCUUUUGAUUGCCGGGAAGUCAUUGAGAUGUGUUCUUACACUCUAAGAGAAGACAUACUUUUUUUUCUUCAUUCAGAUAGAGAGCACUCUCCAGUUUUAUGAUAUCUGAGUUCUUGAUUAGAAGUAUAUAUAAAUAUAAAUAUGUAAUAAAGUUUGUGAACAGUUAUUACACAGCAUUAUCUUACUGUGAAGUGUGUUACAAGUUACCACGGCCAAGGAAGAAAAGUAGAAGUGUAUUCAAGUUUGUUCAUCUUCCAACAUUUGGUGAUAGAGAAUGCUGGGGAUUUCUAUUUCUAUUUCUUUUUCUUUAUUUUUUGCACCCUGUAAAUAAAUGUUUAUGUCGAAGGAAUUCUAGUAAAAUGUAGCAACCAUUAUGUAUUUAUGUCACUACUAAAUGUAAAAAUGUAAAAAAUAUGGUUUGCAAUGGAGAGUUAAAUAAA